AUGUCUUUGCAAGGCAUUACAAAUGAAUCCACAGCAGAGAUUGAUCCAUUGUUACCACUCAAACAUUCGGACAAUGAUGAACAACAGCCAUCCAGUCGCAAUGACAGUUAUAGAUCUCGUGCCAAUCAGCCACCCCUCAAUGAUUUAGAAGAAGCUGCUAAUGAUGUGUAUGAAGCGAUCGUUGAAAAUGACGAAGAAUAUGAUGAAGAUGAGCACAAUGAGGAUGUCAUAUGGUUGCGGGAGCAACGACUUCUCAACAAGGCGACACAUUGGUUCAAGAGACCUAGUGUGUUGAUGAUUGCAUCAAUCACGUUUCUUUUGGCCUUUGCCUCUUCGAGUGCCGAGUCAACUAGACAACUAGUCACCUUGAAGCUUGCAUGCAAUGCCUUGGGCGCCGAGAGAUGUACUAGAGACUCCGCCCAAGUGCUCAUGUCGGACUUGCAAUUGGGAUACAGCAUUUCCGGAGCAAUCAUCACGCUUAUCUCAUCAGGAAAAAUAGCUCCAAUGAGUGAUAUUUAUGGAAGAAAAGUGUUUGUUGUUGCCUUGAUUGCAAGUUUUCUCAUUGGUAAAGCACUGAAGUUUUUGAUUAUGUACAAUUUUGACAGCUUACAGUUUUACCCAAUGAUUGCGUGCGAAAUAGCCACAAAUUUGUGUGGUGGUAUCAUGUCCUUGAUAGCGUUGAAUAACUGCUAUAUUUCAGAUGUGGUCGAACCACAUCAAAGAAUCUACUCAUUGGGACUCAGUCUCGCUGCAAUGUUUGUUGGAUUGAGUGUUGGUCCUCUUGCCGGUAAUGUUGUGAUCUCGAUAUCUCAGAAAUACUAUGCAAACAUUGAUAUUGCAAGUCAAGAGUUUAUUCCUUUGAAGCUUGAGAUUUUGUUGAUUCUUGUAGAUUUGUUGGUGGCGAUUUUCAUACUUCCCGAAUCUAGAUCGGAAAAGGCACGAAAGAAAUCAAGAUCGCUUUCGCAAUCACUGAGCCGAGUCAGUUUGUCGAAUAUCAAUACUGAGGCAGUUACUGUUGUUGAACCUAAAUGGAACAUGAUGCUGGUUAUGGAUCAAUUAAACUUUCUUAAGCCAUUGAGGUUGCUCAUUAUUCCGAGAGAACUCGUUAAUGCAUCAAAUAUUAAUACUAUCAAACGCGAUAGAUUUGCCAUUAUUGUAUUGGUCUCCAUAGAAUGUCUCAUGUCCACGAUGGCCAUUUCGUUUGGCGAGAUUAUGAUUCUAUACGGUAUUUACAGCUACAACUGGGAUCAGAGUAACUUGGGCCAAUUCCUCGCUGUUGCAUGUGCAAGUAAAGCCGUGGUGUUGAUUGUACUAUCACCGGUUAUCAAUCACAAAAUCCUUCAACACGGUUUUGGAUUCAGAGUCUUUAAAAAGAGAAUCGAUAUGGUUGAUUUUUCAAUGCUAUCGCUAGGAUUAGUUUGCGAGAUCUUGGGAUUGAUCGGUUAUAGCUUGGCUCCCACUACAAUGGUUUUUUUUGGAUGUACCGUUAUAUGUGGAUUUGGUUCCUUAAUUGGACCUGCAAUCAAUUCGUCAAUAGUCAAAUUUUACCCAGAAGCAAAAAUUGGCGAGCUAUUUGGUGCAACUUCUUUACUUCGAAAUUUGUUUGCAUUAGUGACACCUAUAUUUUAUCUUUCCGUAUAUAAAUUCGCUUUGAGCAAAUUGCAUCGUCCAGGGAUUGUCUUUAUAGUUGCUGGUUCAAUCUUGACAAUCGGGUUGAUUAUGCUCAUCAUAGUGAAACAUAUGCUUGGAUUGAACUCAAAGACUGAGGCACCUCCAUUGUCGCGAAGCAAUUCAGUAUCGAGUUUUGUGCUUGCGCCACCAAGCCCUCAGCAAUUUCAAAAUGCGCGUCAAAACAGUUUUGGAGAUUUGCACAGAAAGAACAGUUUUGUUCAGAAAGAACGAACCGCAUCAAUAAAACAGUGA